UCUUAGAAUCCGCGUUACACCGAACUUCCCAGAUUCGAAUGCUAGAAUUUUCAUGCGCGCAUUCCAAAAUCCCAGCAUCCACACGCCCACAUUUCAAGCAGAGGCUCCCGCUGAGCGCAGCGAUCCCUCCCGCGCCUCUUCCCUGUGCCUAUCGAGAGAGCGCCAUCGCUAAACCCUAAAACCCUCUAAACCUCGAGCAAUAUAAAAAAAAACCCUUUAAUGGAUAUGGUCUAAGAAUUUCCAGAAAGAUCUUUUCGUUUCUCCUACGGCAUAGUACCACACUCGAUGAUUUCACGUGAAACGAAUAUACUCGCUUUUCUUUGCUUCUUUGUUUUGCGUAUCCCCGUUCUUCGUCGCGGAUGUUCUAAACCACAAAAAAAAGCAGGAAAACCACGAGAGAAUCAAGUCAAUAACAUUGACGUGUUAGAUCCAAAUCCAAGCAAGCUCUUCCAAGAAAUGUACCUCCCAAGUCGCUGCCAUGAAAGCCAGUCCCCCGUACCGCAAAAAAACUCUAAACAAAUCCCUCCACCAAAAAGCUGUCUAGGCCGCUGUGGAUGAGCUCGAAACCAUCCAUCCUGAGAGAGAGAGAGAGAGAGAGAACGUAAUGCUUUCCUCCGCAGCCUCCCGGGACCGAGUGCUCUACAGCCUCAGCAAAAUUGACAAGUAUGCCGCGCUCGCAAAAUCCCAGAAAGCUAGAGCUCCAUCCUCCAAAACCUUGUUUCACACCAGCCCCUGGAGCUAACUGGUCGUCUUUGCUCUGAUCAUCGUCCCCUUUUCCUCUGUUCUAUCCUCUCCAUACUUUUCUCCACCAUGAUUGUUAAUCCCCUUCGCGGCUAUGCCUUGAUAAGCCGCAGCUACGAGUGUCUAUGGCUUCUUCUUCUUCGUUUGCUUCCUCUUCUUCGUCUUCUCUGCUAGAACUCGUAGCAACUAUCCUGCUUGGUUUCCUCUUCACCUCUUCCAUCGGCAACCACAUCUCUCCCGGCCUGGAAACGCUCGUUAGCUUCACCUUCGAUCCUCCCUUCACCAACAAUCGUUACCUCAACGUGGAAGGAAACGCGUCCAAGACGACCGAGGACGUCGAGCUCACCACGAACUCGGUGGAUGUUGUCAUCGGCAACAGCGCUGGCAGGGCCUACUACGUCGAUCCCAUCCAGUUUCUCGACCCCGACGACAGCUCCACCUGCGUCUCCUUCAGCUCCAUCUUCACUUUCAAGCUCGUCCAGUUCAACAACUCGUCCUAUCGUCCCGGCGAUGGAAUGGCCUUCAUGAUCGUCUCGGAUCCACAGCUGCCGCUUAACAGCGCCGGAGCUUAUCUCGGUCUCACAAACGCCUCCCUGGAUGGAGACUCCAGGAACCAUUUCCUGGCCGUGGAGUUCGACACCUUUCAGGACAGCAGCGCUGGAGAUCCCGCACGCGACCAUAUUGGAGUGAACAUAAAUGGCAUCCGGUCAGUCGAUGUCUUCAAACUGGAAGGUGAACUCACAAACCUUCUUCGUAGCAAUUCCACGCUCACUGCUUGGGUUGAGUAUGAAAGCUCGCAGCAGCUGCUUGAAAUCAGAGUCAGCACUCUGUCUCAGAGACCACGUCUUCCCCUCCUGAAAUACCAGGUAGAACUCGCAGGAAUUGUCCAAGAAAAAAUGUACGUCGGCUUCUCUGCAGCCACAAGCCUCAAUUACGAGCUUCACAAGAUCCUGACAUGGAAAUUCUCGACUUACAUAAACAGCAGCGCAACCAACGGCAGCACGGAUCCAAAUUCUGCUUAUCUGCCGGAGAACAAAUCGACAGGAUGCAACAAGUGGAUCUGCAAGAAAAUGGCCAUCAUCCUUUUACCAUCCAUAGGUCUGCUUUUCCUCGCUACGGUAGUGCUGCUCUUUUGUUUCUGGAUAUCAAACGGUAAGCCGAGUAAGAACUUCACAAGCUUGCCGUCAACAGUACAGUACUUCACCUUGAAGCAGCUGAGUGCAGCUACAAGAAGCUUCAGCAGGAAAGAAAUGAUCGGAAGCGGUGGCUUCGGCAAAGUCUACAAAGGUAUUCUUCCGAAAGAUGGCACUCUCGUUGCGGUGAAACUGCUCUCGGAGGCUUCGCUGCAGAGCGAGAGGCAAUUCCUAGCAGAAUUAUCUGUGAUCGGAAGGCUGCAACACAGAAACCUGGUGAGCCUCAAAGGGUGGUGUCAUGACAAGGGGAAGCUCUUACUUGUUUACGAGUUCAUGCCGAAUGGAAGCCUCGACAAGCACCUGUUUUCAGCCGACAUAACUCUUCUUUGGCAGCAGCGUUUCCACAUUCUCAAAGGCGUUGGUGAAGCUCUCACUUUCCUACACGAUGGAUGGGAGCAACGAGUGAUUCACAGGGACGUCAAAGCCGCAAACGUGCUCUUGGACAGCAAGUUCACGGCAAGGCUGGGGGACUUCGGUCUGGCUCGGCUCAUGGAACACAGCAGAGGUCCGCAAACAAUGACAAAGGCUGGAACGACAGGCUACAUAGCUCCGGAGCUGGCUUACACCGGGAGAGCCACCGAGAAGUCAGAUGUGUACAGUUUCGGAAUUCUUGCAUUGGAAGUGGUGUCUGGGCGACGAGCACUCGACUUAGACUUUGAGUUCGACAAAGAAGGAGUCUUGCUGCUUGACUGGAUAUGGCAAAUGCACGAGAGGGGGAGACUGAUGGAGGUGGUGGACGCGAAGCUACAGGAUGACUUCGACGUAGAACAGGUGACCGUGGUGCUUUACAUGGCUUUGCAGUGCUGCCAUCCGGAUGCAAACGACAGACCGACCAUGCGCAAGUGUUGCCAAAUGCUUACCGGCGAUGCUGCCCCUCUAACUCCUCACGCCUCAAGGCCUAUGACUCUGUAUUACUAUCCGGACACGCCAGUAAUCCCUUCCAGCUGCUCAACCUCAGAGUACCCGUUCAGCUCCUCACAACAGCAACCCCUGUAAAAACUCGAUCAAGCAAGCUGUCAAAACGAAAGAUAUCAAAGAAGUUACCUUGUAGAGAGAGCCAGUGAUGAUAAGUCCAAAGCUAAGUCACAAAUACAAAAGCAGCAAUAGAAAAAACAUCGACCAAUGAUUACGUACCAAAAA